UUCAAAGCAGUUUUCAGACACGUGAACAAAGUUCAGCGGACCGCGAACCCCCCCAGCGCGCCGCAGCCAUCCCGCCCCCGGGGCCCCUUCUCCGGCCGGGCAGGGGAGCGGAUGGCGGCCACAGCCGCAUCCCCCGGCCCGGCAGGUCCGGGAUGGUACCGGGUCCCCGCAGGUCCGGGAUGGUACCGGGUCCCGGCAGGUCCGGGAUGGUACCGGGUCCCCGCAGGUCCGCACCUCUCUCCCGGGAUAGCACAGGGUCCCGGCAGAUCCGCACCUCUCUCCCGGGCUGGCACCGGCUCCCGGCCCGGCCGCGCUCCCGCUCGCUGCGCCGGGCGGUGCCGGCCCGUCCCAGCCUUAAGGAAGCGGCGCGGGCGGCGGCCCUGCCCCGCCUCGCCUCCGGCCACUGGCACUGCUCGGCGGCUCCUUCCCGCAGGGCCCCGGCCCCUUCGGAGGAGGGGCCAGGGCAGCACAAACGCAAAGAAAGAGAGACUGGAGGGCACCGGAACACGGCGACGGCCUGGGGGAUAAGGGGAUGCGCUGGGAGGGUCGGGAGCUCCUGGGAUCAGCAUCCAGCUUCCCGAAAAGCCGCUGGCCCGGACAGCGGGGAAAGACUUGUCAGGGAGAAAAGCAUCGGUGAGGAUUCUGUGCAUUGCACAGCUUCCCACCGCGUGUCCUGGUGCGGGAACACGACCCCACACAGGCACUGGCAGCCACAGCAGGAGAGUGUGCUGCGGUCUUACAAACUGCUUCCGAAACGCUCAGAUAAAUUGCUCCAUAAGCCCAGCAAAGAUGCUCAGGAAGAUGCACGAGAUAGAACAGACUCAUCUAGUCAAAAAGCCUUCCCACUGUUUAGAUUAAAAAAAAAAACAAACACAAACCCAAACUGAUUUUACUUGGUUCAAUUUUCCAGGACAAACAAGAAAAACACACCAUCACGCCCUUUACACAAUUUGAUGCUGUUGAAAUAUCACUGAUUUUCUGACCAUCUUUCUUGUGUACUUUUGACGACUUUAAAAGGAUUUUUUUUUUUAAAUAUAAUUCCUUAUGCACUCCAAUAAAACUCCAAGCAUCAGAAUCUGGGAGCAAGAAUGAGGAAUGAGAAACCAACUGGACAUUGUGUUUCUUCUGAAGUUGGAUUAAAAAAAAAUAAAAAUCAGAUAUUCUUCCAUUAUGAGCUCUUUCCUGAACUUGAAACACACCUCUUACCAUAAUACUAAAUGUCUCCUCUGGGCCAAGAAAAGCACCUUCUGUAUUGUACUGCCAUAUGAGGUCCAGUAUCCUCUGUUACAUAAAUACAAGCACUUCCUGACAUCGGCAGGAAAGGCUGUGUUGUUCUUACCUCUGAGAAUCCAGAUCCUAAACCUACACUCAAGCACUUUUCUGGUCAAUUAAGUUGUUUAUAAAAACUGGCCCGUGACCAUAACCUGCAGUUUGAACACUGCAGCUCACUUCCAGAGACGUUUAUUGUGCUUUCCUGGCACAUGUCACUCCAACAAACACUGCUUUUUCCUUACACAGAACAGAACAAACUACGGGAGCAAAGGACACCUACAAGUUCCACUCUCAAAACUCCCGUUCAUCUGAUCACUCCCCGUUCCUCCAAACUCCUCCUUUGGCCAAGGUUCCUCACAGUAAUUCUUUGAUCCUGUAGCAACAGAGCCCUGCUGCCCAGGUAAGAAGAAGCAAAAUGCCUCUAGUUAGCAUAUGAAUGGCAUGCCAUGCAUGCAGAUCCCAGCCAGGAAAUGCUCUGUGACAGCAAAGAUUUGGAACAAUAAGCUUCCAUCCAUCUGAUAAACAUCUACCUGUCUCACUCCAAGCCCUCUGCUUUACCUCAUCUAAUUAAAUGAAACCUGAUCCCCACUGGUAUUCACAGUAGGAGACAUUAAGGCAUUAAUCAGCUCAAGCUAUUAGCAACAGAAUGUCUCUAGGAAAAUUACACAAAGAAAAGGUCUAUGCUAAAGAAACAAUACUUCUGUCUUUCCCUGUGGAGAAACUUAAGGGACACUUUACUUGCACCAGACUCAUUUUUUCCCCCCAUUCUUUUAUGAAGCCCAGGCAAAACAAAACCACACACAAGUGUACCGACUCUGUAAUUCAGUCAAAAACGAUGCACACCUCAAUGAGGAUCCCAGCAUGUACUUCUGCUACAGGGAGAGCUUCCCUGCCAGCUCAACAGGGUGAGGAUUACCCAUGUAAUAUCUGUCUUCUGCUCAGAAGCAGGGGAAUCUGCCUUACACACAGAGCUGGCAGGUGGAAGAUGGUCCCCAUGCCCACAGGAACAUGAGGCUGGUGCUGUGGAAGCACCACUUCAGAGCAGCAGGCUCGGCAGUGAGGGCACGUGCACCCGCUUCUUGUACUGUGUUACUCUUUCAAAACCCAUUCAAUCACACUUGGGCUCUCUUUGCCUAUGCAAAGGCUUAUUCUGCCCUAAAGACAACACCCCCUUCCACACUCCUCAGUGUGUGUCCAGUGAUGCAAAAAACCACAACAAUGGAAAACAGUAGGUCAGCAAAAAAAUCCAUUUCACUUCAUAAUAAAAGGGAACAAUGCAGCUCUUAUUUUUCUUGAAUCCUUCAUUGUUUGGAAUAUUUCUUGCAAUGUCUGACCACAGCUUCUCUUUUUCCUCAUAGCUAUUGAGCUUCCUUUCCCUCCUGCACAAGCAUUUAACAGAACUUAAACACAUCAGGAAGGACUGGGAUGUCUUGUCAGUGUCUCCUACUAGGGUCUGCUGCAUUUGGGGGCCUGCUUAUCAGUUUGAAAUUGUGUGUUUUCCCACUGUAAAAAGCAAAUCCUUUAGAGCUGUUCCAUCAAAAGCAAUACUCCUAGCUUCACCAAAUAAUAACAAACCAGCAUAUCAGUAUAAUGAAAGAAAGCAAAUGCAGUAAGAGAAUUAGCCAAUUUCAUACCAAAAAGUAUGAAAAAUAACAAAAGAAUAUUUGUUUUCAAGUAUCAAAAUUGAAUUGACAUUGCCUUAUUAAAUAAAUACUCUGUGGACACUUACCAGUUCUUUUUUAAUCAGAACCCAUUUGAAACAAACUUCAGCAGGAAAAGAAUAUACAGAAGAUGGAUUUACAGACAGAUUCCUCAGGUGCUAUCAUAGGCUAAACUGUUAGCAUCUGGACUGUCUGGAUAAUAUCUGGUUUGGGUCACUACUGAAAAUGAAUUUAGGGAUUCCAACCUAGUCCCCCACAGGCAUGUGGACAAAUCACUCACACACUGGCAGUGUGCUCAGGAAUGCAAAGAAACCUGGGGUGCCAAAGGUCACACUGAGGCAUCUCCUACACAACCUUCCAAUCCUAAAAUCUUUAACUCCUUGCCUUCAGAAGUGCCACUGAAGCAGGCACUCAACUGGCUGUUUUGAAAAACACCACAUAUAUUUUAAACUGUCCAAUGUGGAGUUGUACAAUAUACUUAACAUUACAAAGGCAACACAGCAGUUUUAGGAAGUCAUGAAGUAUUUCUUACUUCAAUGCUUCCAUGGGUAUUUGACCUAUGAAUCUGAUACACACACUCUGCAAUUCCACAAUAAUUUCUCAACUCCUUGGAAUCCAAAGGGAAAUGGCAAAAAUCUCUCAGGAUCCAGAGGAAUUACAGACGGAAGUGUUACCUAUGAAUUAAAGGUCUUGCUGUAUAUUCAUACAAAAAAGGGUAGAUUUUUAUUAAGCAGGCAUUAAUUCCAUCUCAGCUUUCUUGUAAAGCACAUAUGGUGUCAGCCACACUGAAAGAUGGAGAAGCUGCUGGCAGUUCCUAAUGUAUCAUGAUUUCAGCCAAAGUGAGUUACUGAAGUGAAAAACUUUAGUUCCAUGAGUUGUCAAGACCACGUUGU